GUUGCUGUUUGCAGUCAGGCGCUGAGCGGGCAGCUCUACCCGCUCGGCUGUAACGUGAAGGACCUUCCUCUCCGACACAGCAGCAGUAAUGGCGGACUACGAUGAUCGGGCCUACGGCAGCUUCGGCGGCGGUAGAGGACCCCGCGGCGGCGGCGGCGCCGGAGGCCCCCGGAAGCAGAAGGAGCUGCCGACAGAACCGCCGUUCACGGCGUACGUGGGGAACCUGCCCUUCAACACGGUGCAGGGCGACAUCGACGUCAUCUUCAAAGAGCUCAGCCUCCGCAGCGUGCGAUUGGUCAGAGACAAAGAGACAGACAAGUUCAAAGGUUUUUGUUAUGUUGAAUUUGAGGAUUUGGAAUCCCUAAAAGAAGCUUUGACAUACGACGGCGCCCUGCUAGGCGACAGGUCCCUGAGGGUGGACAUCGCAGAGGGACGGAGGCAAGAACGCGGAGGAAGCGGCUUCGGGUUCAGGAAAGACGAAGGUAGAGGGCGAGGAGGUUCGCGAGGAGGUCCCAGAGGAGGCGGCGGACCACGGGACUCGCGAGAAGAUUUCUUCGACCAGCAAGGAGGAGGUUUCAGAGACGACGACUACAUGGGGGGCCGGAGUCGAGGCGGCAGCAGUCGUCCCGUGGAGAGGCCGCGGGGAGGCGGAGGGAUGGGCCGCUUCAGAGAGGGACCGCCCCCCCGCGGAGGAGGAGGAGCGCCCGACUUCAGGGAACCCUCUGAAGAGGAGCGUGCACAGCGGCCCCGCCUCCAGCUGAAGCCUCGGACGGUCUCCGAACCGCUCAACCAGGUCGCCAACCCCAACUCCGCCAUCUUCGGCGGAGCCAAGCCGCGAGAAGAGCACUGACUCGUUUAAAGCCGCCGCCACAGACUCCCGACCAGACGGUGGCGCUAGCACGCCUUGUUGCCAACCCAGAAGAAGAAAUUAGAAGUUUUGUCUGGUUCAGUGUGGAUCAGACGCUGACUUCCGAGGAGAUAAAUGUUGUAAAGUCCAAACUCUUCCUGUCCAAUAAAGCUGGAUCUUUGGUUUGUAGCUCCAACUGUAACGUGUGCUUCUUUGAUUUGAUGACCCGGCUCUACAGCUCUGUGUUGUCGGCGUGGAUCAGGACCGGGUCUGGGUUCGGGUUCAGUCUCACCGAGCGGUUUUUCUUUAGCGGGACGGUUAAAGGAAGUUUUUCUUAAUCUGCAACUUUUUUUGUUCAUUUCUUGACCCACUCUGUUUACUGCAAUAAAACUGUGUCAUCAUCAUCCAACACCAA